AUGACUGGCACGAGGCCGGUGACAACGAUCUUAACGACAGGCGUUCGUUCUGUUGUUACAACAGCUACUGCCGGUACCGUUCCCACCGCGACGGAAACAACGUCGACAGUGGCGAGGAAACCGAUGAGAACGGCCACGGGCUUUCGUCCCGUCGUCAUUCCGUUCGCUGACAUACAGAGAAAAGUACCGUUCGUUGGUCGCAGUACCGCUGUUCCACCUGUGUCGACUACGUCGAGUUCGUCUACUGCUGUGUCUCGCGACGACGAUAUUGACGACGAUAACGAUAACACGUACGAAACAUUCUCCGUUGCUAGCAGUACCGUCGUGAAAUCGACGACAACGACGACGACGAUGACGACGAUGAGAACGACGACGAAGCAGCCGUCGACGCUGUUGCCUUCGUUGUCGUCGUCGUCGUCAUCGUCGACGUUGAUGCGUUUUAAAUUGCCGACGGUCAGCAGACUGUACGCACGUCGGUUAAUUCAUUGCGACAAACGGAUAACGUGGCGACAAAUCGCCAAUGGUCAACAGCUAACACGCUGUACGGCGAACGAGUUAUACAUGCGCGGUAUUUCGUCAAAUAUAUUGGAUGUCACACCGUCGAACGCUAAAUAUAUAACAUUCGGCGACAUGACGAAUCCGGUGCGUACCGAAGACGGCGCUGUCGUAUUUCCGAAUCAUCAGCAAUUAAUUAGAGUUGACGAGAUAACCGCAGCCUUUCUGAUGAGCCCCGGUGUGAAUGCCGACUCGUUGCCCCCGUUCAACUGGGUCGGCAAUCACUAUCGUUGGAUAGUGUGGAAGCUGGCUGCAAUGGAUCGGAUAAAAUUCGGUGAUCGACAUGAUACUUUGCCGACGAUGCUGACGGUAACUCGUAUAAUGAGUGAAUUAAAAUACAGAUACCAACGAGAAAUAGAUAUGCGACAGACGCCAGCGUUGAAACUGGUGUCAAUGGGAUCCAUAGAUGCUGCGACCGUUGCUGCCGCUAGACGCUUAGUAUUGUGCGUAUCAUUCGUACAGUUCGACGAAUCUCUAAAUAACGUCAUGUUGAAACUGACAGACAGCUGGUACAGCAUUCGUGCGAUACCAGACGCUCUAUUGCGUCGUCAUGUCGUUUCAAAACUUACCGUAGGUACAAAAAUCAUUACGUACGGUGCCACGUUGUCGCAACAGAUAAUCGACGGACAACAGCACCGUGUGCUUUAUCUAAACGGAAAUUCGACUCGAAGAGCGGCGUGGGACACGAAACUCGGGUUUGCGAGACCGUCGGGCCCGUUUACUAUAAAUCUAGCUACCAUAGAUCCGAACGGUGGUCUUAUCGGUCGUGUUCGAGUAACGAUCGUCAGGGUUUAUCCGAUCCUGUACUACGAUCGUGUCACGAACAAGUAUGAAAACGAACAAUGUGAGAGACAAAAGGCAAACGCUGACCAGAGAACACGCGCUCGUUACAUAGCCGCGUUCUAUGCAAACGUCGAAAACGUUUUGCGUGGUAACGAUACUGUUCACGGUAGUAGCAGCAGCAGCAGCAUGUGGGAUGAAAUACGUUCGGCAGUGACCGAGUCGCGCGCAGAAGGUAUCCUUCGUACAGAGGAUGUGUACCGUCGCAACGAGGAGCGUGUAUGCGAACGUUUAAAUCGUCCGUUGGUCGAUACUUUGCCGUCACCACGUAAAACGGAACAGGUGAUCGUUGCUCGGAUCGCAGACAAGACCACAAACAUGUUUCUUCAAGUUCCUGUAUCGUCAUGCGUUUCAAUGCUCGUCGAAGGAGCUGUUCUAUCCAUCAGCGAUCUCAACAUAAAUACCAGAACCUCCAUGCUGACUGUCAGGGACGGUCGCGUGUUUAGUGGGACACCGUACAACGAGGCUGACACGGUCGGUAUCAUUGUCCACGUUCAACGUCAACAAUUACGAACGAACAACAACGAUAGCAAGAGCACCAACAGCAUUGUCGUUGGGACACCGUACAACGAGGCUGACACGGUCGGUAUCGUUGUCCACGUUCAACGUCAACAAUUACGA